AUGGGUGGUACCCUUUCAUUCAAUCCAAUAUUCAACCUCACAUUUUCCUUUUUCCUCGUCACCAUUACCACCACCGUAAUUUUCAUUGUUGCCGACGCCGACGACGAUUCUAGAGAAUCUCCCCCUUCAUUCCCCAGUUUCCAAAACUCAACGAAUAGGGUACCAUCCACCAACGGCAUAUCGACAGGAAACUCCAACAAUUUGAACAGAAAAUCAGAGCCAUUAAAGCCAAGCACGAUUAUCGUGGUUGGUGUCUUAACCACCUUGUUCUCUCUUACAUUUAUUUUCCUUCUUUACAUCAAGCAUUGCAUCCAUAGGAAUAACGAAAACCAAUCCCAUCAAGAAGGUGAACCACUGCAGAGAAAUGACUCUGGCAUUGAUCGUGGUGUUGUGGAAAAGCUACCGAUUUUUCGAUUUGGAUCGCUAAGAGGACAAAAAGAAGGGUUGGAUUGUGCAGUUUGCUUGAACAGGUUCGAGCACACAGAUGUUCUUCGUUUGCUUCCAAUCUGCAAUCAUGCUUUCCAUGUAGAUUGUGUAGACAAGUGGUUCGAUGCGCAUUCAACUUGCCCUCUUUGUCGCAAUAGGGUGGAGCUUAAAGACAUCGUCCCGAGGGAACAAUUACAAGAACAAGGAGAAAGAGAUGAACUAGUGGAGGAUAUUGAGAGAGGAACCUUUCGGAGAGUCUCGGGGAGGCACUCGUCGGUGUUGGGGGAAAGAGAAGGUGGCUUCUUGGAGAUUAUUACACAUAAUUCAAAUGAGAAAAAGAAUAAAAAAAUGAAGUCAUCUAGUAGCACCAGGUCAUUUCACAGUUCUUCUAGAAGCUUCGGGGGCUUCGUUCGCCCAAGAAAGGACAAAACAUUAAUGGUAAGGCAAGGGCAAGAAGGUAAUUUUAGUAAUAAUAACAACAGAGGUAGUAACGCAGAGCACCAUAGGUUGCAGCACCAAAUUAUUAUUGAUUCACCAGUGGCCUCUUUCGUUAGUUCUAACGGUAAAGGAGAGUCAUCAUCAUCACAUCCGCAUCAUAGAUGGAGUGAAGUUCCACAAUCGGAUCUUUUGUACUUGACUUCUGAGAUGAUAAUCAAUGAUGCUGCUUCUUCUGUACCUGGGGAAAGAAGAGCAACUCAUAACCACAUCGUUAGCAAUGAGAAUAAGAAUAAUGGCGGUUUGAAGAAUUUGAGGAGUUUUUCAGAGGUUACGGGAAUGAGUAGGUUCUUAGGAGGAAGCAAAGGAAAAGAAGAUGGCAAUCAACACUCUGUCGGGGUUGCUACAAGGUGGUCAGCUUGGAGCUCAAGGUCACAACGACCGCGAGCAAAUGUUCAGUUGGGAUCAUAG